CUUGCACAUCUUAACCAAAUCCAAUCAGUGAUCAUGAAGAUCUUGGCAGUUCUGUACAAGGGCGGGAAGGCUGCUGUUGAGGAGCCAAGACUGUUGGGCACGCUCGAGAACAGGCUGGGUCUUUCUGACUGGCUCCAGUCUCUCGGACAUGAGUUCAUCGUCACUGACGACAAAGAGGGCCCGGAAAGCGUAUUCCAAAAGGAGCUCCCUGAUACCGAUAUUCUCAUUACUACUCCUUUCCACCCUGGCUACCUCACGGGUGAUCUCAUUCGCAACAAGGCGCAUAAGCUCAAGCUAGCGGUCACUGCAGGUGUUGGGUCCGAUCAUGUUGAUCUCAACGCUGCAAACGAGAAGAAGAUCAUUGUAGCUGAGGUCACUGGCUCCAACGUCGUCUCUGUUGCCGAGCAUGUAGUAAUGGACAUCCUCGCCCUCGUCCGCAACCUGAUCCCCGCUCACGAAAUGAUCGAGCGUGGUGACUGGGUGGUUGCCGACAUCGCUCGCAAUGCCUUCGACCUUGAGGGCAAGGUUGUCGGCACGCUUGGCUGCGGUCGUAUUGGUUUCCGUGUGCUGAAGCGUUUGACGGGCUUCGACUGCAAGGAGCUCCUCUACUACGACUACGCCCCUCUCCCCGCCGCCGCUGAGAAAGAAAUCGGCGCCCGCCGCGUUGAGGACCUCCACGAGUUCCUUGGCCAGUGCGAUAUCAUCACGAUCAACGCACCGCUGCACGAGGGGACUCGGGGCCUGGUGAACAAGGAGCUCUUGCAGCACGUGAAGAAGGGUGCAUGGAUUGUCAACACUGCUCGUGGCGCCAUUUGUGAUCGGAUUGCGAUCAAGGAGGCCCUCGAGAGCGGCCACAUUAAUGGCUAUGCUGGUGAUGUGUGGGAUGUGCAGCCUGCGCCCAAGGACCACCCCUGGCGUACGAUGAAGAACCCUCUUGGUGGCGGAAACGGCAUGACUCCUCAUUACUCUGGCACAACCCUCGAUGCCCAGAAGCGUUACGCCGAUGGCACCCGGGAUAUCCUUGAGAGGUUCUUCAAGGGCGAGGACCAGAUUCCCGCCAAUGUCAUUGUUGCUGACGGUGGGUACGCGACCAAGGCUUAUGGCCAGCGCAAGUGAGCGACCCGAGCUCCAUUGGACGAGUAUGCUUAUGCUUCGUUGUACUGUGCAUUGUAUUCUCUGCACAACUGCGUGUGAAAAGGAAGAUCGAAUGGAAUAUGGUUAUGCC